CGUCAUGCUGCACCCCCCCCCCCUUUUUCCAACUUCAUCCAAUCACAACAAAAGCAAACAAAGACGUGUUUAACUGCCGCUGCAAUAAUUUCUAAGAUGAAGGAAAUUAAGUACAGCUUGGAUCAUUAUGUCAAUACCUACACAAUCGAAAUAUCAAAUCAAAUUUUGGAUGGUAGUGGUAUUAUUUAUCAUCCAACAUUCAAAGCACUAAGUUAUUUACUUCUGGAUGUAAUACGGAGAAGAGUUCAUAAGCGGAAAGGACAUAUAUUGGUGUUAACAUCAUCAGAAAUUGCAGCCAAACAUCACACACAGUUUCUGGAGAGACACUUGUUGACUGACAGUGUUGGUUGCCCAAAAAAUACAGAGUUUGCAGAUGUAUGGCCGUCUGUGAUAGUCACAAGCAUAUUUAGCAUUCCAAGUUUGCUGACUAAUGAUCAAAACAAAAAUAUCAACCUUGUCAUAAUACUUGACUGUCAUAAUGCUUUUAAGAAUGGAUGUGUCAGUGAGCUCAUUGUAUUCACAAAGAAGCUUGAAGGUGGAUUGGCUCCACACAUCCUUUGUUUCACAUCAUGCAUUUUUCCUGACACACUUUGCGAAGAAACAGCAAUUGAGUAUCUUCAACGGCUGGAGACAUUUUAUGGAUGCAAGCUGGUAACUGUUUGUGAUGAGAUUGCUUUAAAAAGAGUUUUUGAUGCACCAGAUACAACUUUCAACACUUUUGGGAAACAAGAUGCAUUGAGUAAAUCUUGCAUGGAUGCUCUCUUUGAAAUUAAUGCUGCCAAAGAUUUGUGUGCAAACUUAUAUUUCCAUGUAAAUGAGAAGGCCGUUCAAACAUUCGCCUCUAGCAGUGAAACCUUUGUGUCCAACACACUUUCUGAAAUUCAGUUUCAACUUGAAGAACUUGGUGAGUGUGGGGGCGAUUUGGCAGCAUUAGCUGCAUUUAGGCACUUGGUUCGCCUCUAUACUUUUGCGGAUAGUAGUCCUGGUCCAUCAACAAAAUAUGCUUUAGGACAUCUUGUGUGCACACUUGCAAAGUUCAGGAAAAUUUUGACUGAAGACAUGUUCAGAGUACAAAUAUGUGAGCGGAUUGAAUAUUUCUCAUCUAAGAAAGUUCAGUUAGCCCUUAAUCAUUUACAAGUUUUGCCUCAGAAUCACAAAGCUAUAUUGAUUGUCCAAAACCCCAACACGGCUAGCAUUCUCACAUUGAUGCUUCAGAAAAUUGCUAUGCAGGGGAAAAAACAUGUUCACAUCAAACCAGAACUUGUGGUCAAUUGCUCCUCAAUUCCUUUCUCAGAAUCGUGGGAGGAUAUUUUAUGGUGGGAACGUAAUAUGCAAGUUUACUCCAGAUUUAAUGCUGGAGAAACAAACACAAUAGUCCUUUCAGGAGAAAUGCAAGAGAUGGAUCUACCAUGCUGUGAUUUAAUUUUAGUCCUGGAUAAAAUUGAAAAUUUCUCUCGCUUCUUGUCUGUUAAAAACCAACUGAAAAGUGAAACUGGGAAACUUAUCUUGCUGUGUGAAAAAACAGAACUGAUUGCAUACGAGGAAAAAAUUACAAAAUUGCAAGAAAAUGUGAUCAAGAUGCAAACCUUGAUCUUAUCAGAAAGUUGCAAUGCCAACCAGUUAGUAAAUACUAGUUUAUUCAAGACACCCACAGGAUUGGAAGUAAAAAGUGACAUCGCAACAUUUCUUUUGUACAGAUACUGUGAUAAUUUGCCUCAUGAUAAAUUUUCUUCUCCUUGGCCUGUGUGGGAAUAUGAAAAAGAUGCUUCUAUUCCUCACAUGACCCAUGCUACUUUGUAUCUAUCUUGCUCAUCACCCAUUAAUACUGUUAAGAGUGAACAACAUGAGAAAACAUGGAAAAUGGCUCAAAACAGUAGUUCUUUCCAAGCGAUUUGUGAAUUGUAUAAAGCAAAAGAGCUUGAUGAUGCUCAAUUAAUAUCUUGGCAAAAUAAAGAUGAGAGAAGUGAAGAAACCCUUAAAAUAGGGAAUUCAAGUGACUUAGAUGUACAAGCUUACUUUGAGUCUAAGCUUGGGUUAAGUUAUUUAAGAACACACUGUAAAGAACAAAAAAAUUUAGAAGAUGAAGACAUUUUAUGUGACACAAUUUAUCCACGGUGUUUAAUGGACAACUAUCCAAAAGUUAAUGGGCAGACAUUCAUCUAUAAAAUAAAAAUUUGGCCAGUUUCUGAGCCUCCUCCCUUUGGUGAUAAUCGAAAGACGGUGCUUUAUGAACUUCUGAAUGACAGAAGAACUUUUGCAAUCUUAUCAUCUAAAGAUUUACUUCAGGUGUGUCCAUUCCCCAUCUUUAUAUUUGGUCAUGAACUAUGUGUAGAAUUUGAAACACUAAGCUCAAUUGAAUUGGAUCAAAGUGAGCUUAUGCUGUUGAGGAGGUUUCAUUGUGGGAUGUUUAUGAAGGUUUUACCUAUUGUGCAACCUUUUAUGCAGUUCAAUGUCUACGGCAGCCACAAUAAUUAUUUAGUUGCUCCAAUUACUGCUGAGGGUGUCAUUGAUUGGAAAGUUGUGCAAAACAAUUUUUCUGUACCUGAAUGCCGGGAAUUCUCGCAUGAAGAAAAGGCAGGCCUAAGUUGCACACCUGAGUUAUAUGAAAGGACCAUGGUGAAACCCUGCUACAGAUACUUGAAUUCUGAUCAGAUAUACCUUGUUACAUCUGUCUGUAUGGAUAUGUGCGGUGAUAGCUGUUUUCCAACUGAGGAUUUUGACACUUUUACCGACUACUACAAGGAGAAGUAUUAUAUUAACUUAGAAAGACCAGAGUUGCCUCUCCUAGAGGCAUACCUGAUUAAUACUAAAGUUAAUGGACUUUUGCCCAGAGCUCGUUCACAUAAACUGCGAAGAGAAGAAAAAAUGGAAGAUUUCAGGGAGCACAUGCUCCCAGAACUGUGCACACCACUUUUAUUUCCAGCUGCCUUAUGGUUGAAACUAUCAUGCCUACCUUCAGUUUUGCACCGAUUUAGUAGGUUGCUCCUUAUUGAAGAAUUCAGAAGAACUAUCAUUGAAGAGGCUGGAACUGGAGCACCUGAAAUAAAGUUUACCCCUCUUCAAAUUGACCCUACCACUGUUAAGGAUGUCUCAAAUGUAUCUAAAGUGCCUCCUUCAACGGUCAAACGUGGUUUGGCCAUUGGUAAUGUAAAAUUAGAAAAUCGCAAAAAGAGAUCAGAGUAUAAGAGACCAUGGAGUGGGAAUCAGGAGCCAGUAGAUAUGUACCGCAAUAUGCAGGCCUUAAACUUUGUUGAAAUUCGCUACUUUGAUGAAUAUUUGGUCAAAAGUGUGGCCAAUCCUACUCUGUCUGAAGUAGCUGAGCCACCCAAUGAUGUCAUCGAUUAUGAGUCUGACACAGACUCCUGCUCUUCAAAUAACAUUGAAAGCAGCCCUCCUAUAGCUGCAAAGAAAGUUGUAGUCCCUGAAUCUCUCUUGUAUCUCAAGCCUCACCAUUAUGAAAGUUGUGGACCAGAACAACCGGAGUUGCUGGAGGUCUUUUCAUCAUCUUCAAGUAAUGACGGUGUUAACAUGGAUCGCAUUCAAGUUCUAGGUAAUGCUUUCCUUCGGCUUGUUAUUACUGUGUAUUCCUAUGAAUAUGGCUUGGACAUCAUUGGCAGUGCCACUUUGACUUGUCUUCAUAGACUUCGUUCUGACUUCAUGUGUAAGAUGAAUUUGGAAAAGUUUUCUGUUUUGAAUCAACUUUGCAAUAGAAUAAAGGUGGUUGAUUUUACUCCAGGAGAGUGGACUCCUCCAAGUUUCACUACACCUCCCAUGCUUAAACAAGUCCUGAAAGAACAAGAAAUCAGCCCAGAUGUGCUACAACAGAUAGAACUAAGUGAAGAUGAGCAACUGGAUGGUAUCAUAGAUGCUGAUACUGAAGACAAAAUUCUUGAAACUUUGACAAACUUCAUUAAUAGAAACACUUCCCGGCGUGAUGAGAUGUAUGUGGAUCGUCACAUUGUUCCUCAGUCCACCGCUUCAAAUUGUGUUGAAGCACUAAUUGGGACCUAUUUCAAGAGUUGUGGUUGGCAAGGCGGUUUAAAAAUAAUUAGUUGGCUUAAACUCCUGCCACCAAUAGUUAACAUAUUGGAUCAAAUUGAUAGGCCUUCAGCGACCUUUGAAACAGGCAAACUACCAAUCAGCUUAGAUUCGCUGGAGGAAAAACUGGACUACAUGUUUACAAGGAAGACAUUACUGGUUCAAGCUGUUACACAUGAAUCCUUCAUUAACCCUGUGAUUCAAGGAAACAUGGACACACUUGCUUUUCUAGGCAUCAGUAUACUAGAUUUUCUUAUGACUUGUUACAUUUAUGAGCAUUUCUCAGAGUUGAAUCCCCCUCAGCUUUGGCGACUACGUGAAAUUCUUUGUUCUACAUCCUCCUUAGCAUAUCUUGCUGUUCGCCACAACAUCCACAAGUAUAUUUUGUCAAACUCUGUACCUUUGUUAGAUGUUAUUGAUCGAUUCAUCAAACAUCAGAAAGGCUGCCAACAACCUAUUGAUGAUGAGUUGCAACUGCUUAUUGAAGAGCAUGAGUGUGAGAGUGGUUUUCAAGUGGAAGUACCCAACACACUUGGCAAACUUUUACCUGCACUAGUUGGUGCUGUUUACAUAGACAGUGGUAAAAAUAUUCAUCUUGUGUGGGACACAUUUAAACACAUUUUCCUUCCUGAACUCGGCCUGUGGCGUCAGGAUGUACCUCUCUCAGUUGUGGACCUCUUAAAGGAUUUGUCUCCAGCUGCUCAUCAGGUUAUAUUCACAGAGAAGACUAGGGUUGAUGGCAAAAUUGAAGUCUUAUGUAAGGUAUUGAUGGACAACACACGUGAAAAGGUUUUUGUCGCAAAAGGCACAGAUUUAAACAAGACAAAGACACAUGCUGCCAAACUUGCCCUCCGAAACUUGUUGGAAAGAACAAACUUAAACUAUUAAAUUUUCUGUCACUUUGUUCAGCUGCCAUUUGGAUACAAGAUAUUUCAUUUAAAAUAAGAUAAUGAAAAAAAAUUAAUUGCUUGUAGUAUGACAUCUGUUUAUGGUUGUUUUUGAUUUAAUUUUUUUAUUAGAUAUUAAUCAAAUUUGAUUGGCUGUGACAUUUUUUUUGUUGUUGUUUCGUGGUCUUGUUUUUAGGAGAAUAAAUGAACACGUCAGCUCUUUUCUUAAA